AUGGCGGGCUGGGGGCGGCUGGCCCGGCUCGGCGGGCGCCUCUGGGCGGCGGCGGCGGCGGCGGCGGCGGCGGCGCCGGCGCCGGCUCCCCGACACAGGGGGCAGCUGGGCUUUGUGGUCAGACACAUCAACAGCUCUACGUGGUGGCAUGAGCAUCUUUCUGAAGAGAAUGUGGAGUUCCUCAAGAAGGCAACUGCAGAGGAGUACAAAGCUCAGACAGCCAGCAAACUGUGCCCUCUGAAGGAUGAGCCAUGGCCACUGAAUGAGUGGACACCAGAUUCCAUCAGAGUUGGUGUUGUUGCAGUAAAACUGGGAAUGAUGCCUAUAUGGACCAAAUCAGGAGAAAAACGUGCUGUCACACUACUUAAGGUUCAAGAUUGCCAUGUUUUAAGAUAUGUUUCAAAGGAAGAGUCAGGUGGAAAAACAGCUAAGCUGCUUGUUGGAGGCAAAAAUGCAUCUCCUUUUUCUAAACCAGAGUCUGCACAUGAAAUUUUUAAAGAAGCUGGAGUGCCACGGAAGCAGAAAGUUACAACAUUUAAUGUAACAGAUGAUGCCAUAAUUAAGCCAGGUACUCCUUUGUAUGCGGCUCACUUCCGCCCCGGGCAGUUUGUGGAUGUUACUGCAAAAACAAUUGGUAAAGGAUUUCAAGGUGUCAUGAAAAGGUGGGGAUUUAAAGGUCAGCCUGCAAGCCAUGGCCAGACAAAAACUCACAGACGACCUGGAGCAAUAUCUACCAAUAAAGCUGCCAAAGUUUAUCGCGGAAAGAAAAUGCCUGGUAAAAUGGGUAACAUCUACAGGACAUCUUUUGGAUUAAAGGUGUGGAGGAUCAAUACAAAACAUGACAUUAUUUAUGUAAAUGGAUCUGUUCCAGGUCACACCAAUUGUCUGGUGAAGGUCAGAGAUAGCAAAUUGCCUACUUACAAGGACUGCAAUAAAAACCCUCCAUUCCCUACGUUUUUUGCUGAUGGAGAUGAAGAACUGCCAGAAGACCUUUUUGAUGAGGAGAUUUUCCAGUUCAAAGAUCCAUCUGUCACACUCACAUAAUGGUCUUCGCAUCUUUGAAAACACUUUCGUUAUUUUCAUGAACAUUGCAAUGAUGUAUAAAAGUAAGCCUAUGAAUUGCAGUCUGGCCGACUGACUUAAACACUUCAGGUAUUGCCAUUUUGGUCAAGUAAUCAGAUUUCCCACUGUCAGUCUCAAACCUGUACUUAAAGCAACAGGUAAGUCUGAGGGACAGGUUGUAAAGCACACCAAACUGUGUGUCUUCAGUGACCUUUUGUCCUCUGCCUCAGGCUGUGAAAACCUACACAGUCCUGAAUAACUGUUGUUUUGAAGAUGGUUCCAGUUCAUUUUCUGAACGUGACAAAUUCUGUUUCUCUUUUAUGUGAAGUAUACUGGGCAACUGUGAUCAAUCAGAAAAAGGUUCCAAAUCUGCCUUGGCAUCUGAGGUGGGGGGGGGGGGGGGGGAUCUAUGAAGACUUAAUCCAAAAUAAAACAAGAAAAUGCUUGA